CUCCUCGCCAUUUUUUCUCUCUGUAUUCACUGUUGAUCAUCAUAUGCGUGCCACUUUUCUUGUUCUGUUUCCCUUUAAUUAUUGGUUCGCUUCUCCUUCUAUGGUAUGCUCGAUUCUCCAGGCCGCGAUCGAAAGUUUGGCCAAAAGAAAAACCCAUCGCUCCGAAUUGCCCUUGUGGAAUCCGCGUUGAGAUAGUCGCGCGAAUCGAGUUGGAGUUCGUUGGGGACCGUUUUUCGCAAGUUUAUGUGUUGAGGACUUCCAGCUAGCGUUGCGUGCCUUUGUCGAUGGUUUGAAAUGUAUCGGUUGGUGUGAAGUUGAGCACGUGGGGAUUCCAGUUUCUCUCAAUUACGGGUCUUGGUCAAUCAAUCGGUCUUCAGCUCCGCUAUCCUUCAUGGGUAUUUGAUCAAUUUGAGCUUGUCAAUUGUUAGGCGUCUGCCGUAAGUAACUUCUUUGAAGUCCUUGGACGACACUUCGAGCUUUAAUUGCUGUUUUUAUUUAACUGUUUUUAUUAGUCAAUGCUCAGACCUGUCUGGACGAACAGAUGUUUCUUGCCCGAUGACACCGAGUACUUCCAUGUAUAAAAAAGUUGCUUCUUUCCCGAGUCUGUCAGUGAAUUUGACCUCGUUUCAAGCUUAUAAAGCCCUUUUAGUAUGCGCUCAUGUUAACUCCCAUUGCACUGUCAUGCUUGCUUCAUAGCCAUCUAUGUCGAUCACCUGCUGCCUUCCCAUCGUCGAAUCGGUGUACUGUCUGGCGUGUGCCCGUUGGGUGUGGAAGAAAUGCCUCUACUCAGCGGGCCACGAGAGUGAGAACUGGGGGCUUGCUACAGUGGAGGAGUUUGCGGCUGUGCCUCGCCUUUGUCGCUACCUUCUAGCUGAAUACGAGGAUGAUCUUCAUAAUCCAAUAUGGGCACCCCCUGGAGGGUAUGGAAUGAAUCCCUAUUGGGUCGUACAUCGUAAGGACUACGAUGAGACACUAGGCCGUGCUCCUCCUUACAUGCUGUAUAUGGAUCAUGAAAAUAGGGACAUUGUGUUGAUCAUUCGGGGACUCAAUUUAGCGAAGGAAUGUGAUUAUGCAGUUUUGCUGGAUAAUAAACUAGGGCAGACAAAAUUGGACGGUGGGUAUGUCCACAAUGGGUUGUUAAAGGCAGCUGGGUGGGUAUUCGAUGCUGAGUGCGAGGUUCUAAAGGAAUUACUUGAAAGUUUUCCAGAGUAUACCCUGACUUUUGCUGGACACUCCCUUGGGGCAGGGGUGGUGGCCUUGUUGACUAUUGUGGCAGUCCAGAAUCGAGAGAAGUUGGGAAAUAUUGACAGGAAGAGGAUUAGAUGUUAUGCUAUUGCUCCUGCUAGGUGCACGUCACUGAAUUUGGCUGUGAGAUAUGCAGAUGUAAUUAAUGCCAUCGUUUUGCAGGAUGAUUUUUUGCCACGGACAACAACUGCCUUGGAGGAUGUUUUCAAAUCUGUUCUCUGCUUGCCAUGCUUAUUAUGCCUUAUGUGCUUGAAGGAUACAUGCAUCCUGGAAGAAAAGAUGCUUAGAGAUCCGAGGAGGUUGUAUGCUCCUGGACGAUUAUAUCACAUCGUUGAGCGAAAGCCCAUGAGGUUAGGGAGGUUUCCUCCUGUUGUGAGGACAGCAGUUCCUGUGGAUGGGAGGUUUGAGCAUACGGUCCUUUCUUGCAAUGCAAUUUCUGACCAUGCUGUCAUUUGGAUUGAAAGAGAAUCUCAAAGGGCUCUCGAUGUACGUUUCAGCUUCUAAAUUAUCAAUUAAUGCUGGAGAGAGAUAAGACGAUGGACAUCCCAGUGAGCCAGAGAAUGGAGCGGCAAGUGUCCAUGGUGCGAGAACAUGAUGAGGAAUACAAAGCAGCACUUCAGAGGGCGGUUGAUUUGGAUAUUCC